AUGUCUUCUAGAGCAGAGGAACAUGCAGUGGCUCCUCGUCUCCGCCAUCCUUAUAAUCGAUUGUGUGCAACAGGCUUAUGGGAAAAAAUAAUAGCUCUUUAUCAGUCAGGUACAUCAUGUGCCUUUGAUACAGAUGGGGUUCAAAGUGACAGGCAGCAGGAGGGAACACCUGGUGGAAAAGCUGCAGAAAGCCGAGAGGUGCAGCCACACAGAGCGUUAUGCCAUUGGCCCUGCAAAUGUCCACGUGUGCCCGUCUGCCGUCCUGGAGUCAGCCUUGUGAAGGAUGGCUGCGAAUGUUGCAAGAUGUGUGCCAAACAGUCAGGGGAAGCAUGCAAUGAAGCAGAAGUCUGUGAUCCCCACAAGGGUCUAUACUGUGACUACUCUGCAGACAAGCCUAGGUAUGAAAGAGGAGUGUGUGCAUAUAUGAUAGCAGUAGGCUGUGAGCUAAAUGGUGCACACUAUAUCAAUGGCCAAGCUUUCCAACCCUCUCCUCUUUAUAAGUGUUUGUGUGUGAAUGGUGCAAUUGGCUGUACACCAGUAUUCAUCUCAAAACCAACACAUAAUGAAUGUACCACACUCAGGAACAGAAAUAAAUCUGGCAAUUCCAAAUGUGUUUCAGGAGAGCAAAAGGAGCAGCAGUCAACAGGUUACAAGUUAAUGCCAGCUUUCAGAAGCCUGCCACUUGUUUUGAAGAAGAAAUGCCUGGUUCAGGCAACUCCAUGGACACCAUGUUCUCAUACCUGCGGUAUUGGUAUUUCUGAUAGAGUGACCAAUGAAAAUACUAAGUGUGAAAUGAAGAAGGAAAGGAGACUCUGCUUUAUUCAACCAUGUCAAGAAAAAUUUCCAAAGACAUUAAAGAUCCCUAAAGGCAAAACAUGCCGGCCUACAUUUCAACAUGCCAAAGCAGAGAAACUAGCCUUUUCCGGCUGCACAAGUAGGCAAAGAUAUAAGCCUACCUUUUGCGGUAUCUGCCUGGACAAGAGAUGCUGCACUCCUAAUAAGUCUAUAAUGAUUACAGUACAGUUUGACUGCCCUAAGGAAGGCACCUUUAAGUGGAAGAUGAUGUGGAUUACAUCUUGUGUUUGUCAGAAGACAUGCAAUAAUCCUGGAGAUAUAUUUUCUGAACUAAGGCUUUUAUAG